UUAUCAGUAAUCAGCCCAUAAACCUCCGAGUUAGUUUGAGUUAAACAUCAUUUCAUUCUAAGUUCCUGAUUAGUCUGUUGGUUGUUUGAGGCUGAAAACUAAAUGUUUCUCUGGAGAUACUUCAGAUCUGUGACUGAGUUUAGACCUGAUUAUUGAAUAUAAAACCCUGUAUAAAUCCUCCACUUCCCCCUCCAGCCAUGAGACCCUCCAUCUCCGUCAGCCUGGAGCCGGGGCUGGACCGAGGCGUCCCCUGGGGGCGGGACCUCUACACCUUCGUCACCUCGGCGGCGGGUCACAUGAUGAGGACGCUGCAGAAACCCAGGAAGAACCGACCGUCCAAACGGCAGGUCAACCACCGGCGCUUCCUGCACAACAUGAUCCAGAGAAAGUUUGCCGACAUCGAAGCAGCGAACCACCGGCUGGCUGCUGCUCUUUAUUUCAAGGAGUCGGACAAAGAUGGAUCUUCUCCAUCAUGGCCCAAACCGGAGUCACCUGAGCCGACAGGUAGCACACCUCAGAGCGGAACAGAUCCAGAAAAACACAAUGAUGAUGUUUCUGUCAACUUGUAUGAAGCUGAGGUUGGCGAGAAGAAGCAGCAGGAGUCGGGACAUCUGUGGAAACGUCAUCCGAAGAACCAGAACAAACCGCUGGCUCUGGGUUCAGACUUUAACCAGGAAUCAGGACUGUUUGAUUCCAAGUUUCAACCAAUCAGCAGCUUUUUGGAGGAAAACCAAAGUCCUCCAGACGACUCCAGCUUCGGUCAGUCCGUCUCUCCGACCUUCAGUCCGGAACUCUCUCCGUUGUCUCUAGAGUCCUGCGACUUCUCCGUCCAGAUGUUCUCCGACCUGCCGGUCCAGAGGAGCCUGGACCUGGAGGCUCAGCUGACUGACAUCCUGGAGCUGCUGGGAGAUCCGGACACCGGCAGCUGGAUGGACAUGGAAACCUACCUGGAGAGCAUCUGUGACUGUCAUGGCGACACCGGACCGGAGGACCAAUCGGAGAGCUUUGCUGAGGCAGACGGAGGCGAGGGUGGGUGUGGAUAUGGUUGCCAUGGAGACCAGGGACAGCAGAGUUCAUGGGUAGCAGAAGAAGAGCUUCACAACCAGCUUCCUGUCUGCUACCAGGAGAACCAGUGCAUGAUGGGAAACCGUGGAAUCGGUUUUACUCUGUUUGAAGGCGUUGCUCAGUCAUUCAACGCUCCGAUGCAAACUCCUGAAGUCCGUCUCAUAGCAACACCACCUCAGGAGAACGACUGGCUCUUCACCGACAUCCUGAAGGACAGGAAGUCACCAGAAUACUAGAAACGUUUCUGUUUCCGUACGAACUUUAGAUGUUUCAUCAACCAAAAUACCUGCAUAUUUACAGCCUCUGUUACAAUGUUAUUAAUCAUGAUGUAAAGCACAGUGGUGGCGGCAUCAUGAUGUGAAGCACGGUGGUGGCAGCAUCAUGAUGUGAAGCAUGGUGGUGGCAGCAUCAUGAUGUGAAGCACGGUGGUGGCAGCAUCAUGGUGUGAAGCACGGUGGUGGCAGCAUCAUGAUGUGAAGCAUGGA